AUGACUGGACUACUUGCAAAAGUCCGCGAGGUCGUCUGGGGGCAACCAGCGACAACUAAAGCUGAGCGGAAGCUGGUUGUCAAGCUGGACUGUGCCAUUCUCACUUUUGUGUGUCUGAUGUACUGGGUCAAUUAUCUUGAUCGAUCAAACCUCAGCAAUGCCUACGUCUCAGGCUUGAAGGAAGACCUCAACAUGCAGGGCACCGAGCUCAAUCAGAUCAAUUCCGUCUUUUACGUUGGCUAUACCUUGGGGCAGAUCCCCAACAACAUUGCCCUGCAAAAGAUCCAGCCCCAUUUGUACUUUACUUGCGCCAUAAUCAUUUGGGGCCUCUUCACUCUGGGAACAGCCUUUGUCACGACCUGGCAGCAAGUCAUGGCCAUUCGUUUCUGUGAGGGCAUCUUCGAGUCUGCCACUUUUGUCGGCACCCAUUACGUACUCGGCAGUUGGUACAACUCCCAGGAGUUGGGAAAGCGCACCGCCAUUUUUGCAGCUUCCGGAGUGGCUGGCAAUAUGUUCUCUGGCAUCUUGCAAGCUGCUAUUUAUACUAAUCUUAACGGCGUGCGCGGCCUCGCAGGGUGGCGAUGGCUUUUCAUCAUCGAUUUUCUCAUUACACUCCCCGUGGCCGCUUUGGGUUACUUUGUUUUCCCUGGCCAUCCGCAAACGACAUCUUCUAGACUUUUCUCCGAUGCAGAGAAACAACUGGCCAUCGAGCGCCUCCCGGAGCCUGAUGUGCAACGAGGAGAGCUCAAUUGGGGUGUUGUCAAACGGCUGGUGUUCAGCUGGGAAUUCUACCUCCUCCCACUCUUGGCUCUCUUGGCUGGUGACUCGGAAAUGUAUGUCGACAACGCCAUUAUGAACUUGUGGCUCAAGGCCCUGGGUACGUAUACCGUGCAGCAGAUCAACUACAUUCCAACUGCCAUAUACGGCCUUGGCAUCGUAUCUAUUCUGUGCUGCAGCUGGUAUGCCGAUUAUUUCAAGUGCAAAGGAGGGCGGGCCCAAGUCGGUGUUUUCUUGGCCAUCACGUCCAUUACAUCCGGCGCUAUCAUGCUGCAGCCGCCGAGCUAUGCAGCCAAGUUCUUCGCUCUGUUUCUCAACGGGAUGCAGCUCGGGUAUCGAGGUGUUUUGUUCGCCUGGGCGAAUGAGAUUAUGAGGAUGGAUGACGCUAAAAGAGCAAUUGUCAUUGCCAUGAUGAAUGCAAUGACUAUUGCAUUUUACAUUUGGUGGACCUUGGUCUUUUAUAAUACAACGCAAGCUCCCGAUUGGUAUAUGGGUAGUAUUGCUAUGAUUUGUAACGGAGUUGCCUUUGCAUUAUGUGUCCUCUUGGUUGCUUUCAUGGCCCGGCGAGCGUCUAGGAAAGCCAACACGAUAGAUGGAAUGACUGAGGAUGAAAUGUCACCGCAAAGUAUCGAGAUUCAAAGCGAACAUAAAAGCAAAGCUUGA